AUGUGUGAAGGGGUAACUGCAGAGGAGUUGCUGAAUCCAAUGCAGGAGGCUCAAGAACAACCAGGCAGCAAUCAAACGAUGAAAUUUACUUACAAGCGUCGAUUAUUCGCUUCACCGAAUAAAGUUCAGGAACUCAUUGUCCCAGCUAGUAUACGAGCUGUUAAGGUUAAUAGGUUUUCUACCGGCAGCUUGCAGGUCUACUGUGCCGACGAGCGGGGCAACAUUCGUCUAUGGGACCUGGCUAAAGUUCAGGAGAGGUCGCUCCUGGAAUCUUCUCGUUCGUGUUCACCUCGGCCCGGUCACGAAGACCUGAGGCUCUCAUCUGAAACCGAAGAGGAGCCUAGUCCGCGUCACGGCAGAGCUACUAUAUCCGCCAAGUUCCGGCGGGGAGUGAUGGCUAACCGGCGGCGAACAUUCCUGACGCAACCUACACCUGAGUGGCCGUCCGAGACGGAUGACGAGCACCACGACUUGUCGGCAAUGCGCAAACGGCGGGACGGAACAAAGGUCACACGCCCGAAGAAGCGUUUUUUGGAGGUCACUCUGCUGCACGAAAGUUCUGGCCACGAUGACGCAGUUUUAUCUUUGGAUCUCUGCGAAGCUGGAACCACGCCGGAAGCCGUAGCAACUGAAGACAAGUCUGGCAGAGCAGAGUACCAUCGUCGGUGGAUCCUCAGCGUUGGCGCCGACAGGGUUGUUAAGGCCUGGUCUCUGGACCUUAAGAGGCUAGGGCAACUCACAUCCGUCAGUUAUGGAGAGCAGCAGGCAAAUUCCCUUAGCAACGGACUGCAAUGCGUAACCCACAGAGCGGACGGCCAAACAGCUUCCCAGGCCAACGACUGGCAGCAGGAGCCAGGGAACCUGACAGCCCCAUUCUCUGCAAUGGUUCUCAUGCGGAAUCCUCUGACGAGUAGUCAGAUCGAGGCAGCGACUAAAUUUGAACAGGUAGGGGGAGGGGGGGGAGGGGAGAG